AUGUGUCGGCUCAGAUAUUUGAGAACGGUAUUGUUGGUAAGUGAAGGCUGCAGGCUGUUAAAUACGUUUCUUCUUGUCAUGUCAAAGCCUCUACCUAAGCUCAUUGGUGUUUGGUAGUGUUGAUACAUACGUGUCCUCUGGGCUCUGCAAUUUCCUUUUCUUGACUUGACAGGAGAUCUUCACGUGGCUCUCUCUCUGUCCGAGUACUAUAUGUGCAUACUUACUUUGUAGGUUGGAGAUACUGCACCUGUUAUGUGUACAUGAAAUGUAGUAUUAUGUAGUUAAUACAGACGUUAGGGUUACAAUAGUAGUAUUAUGUAGUGUGCACAUGAGAUGGAAUAUGAUCAUAGCUAGAGCUAGCAACAAGUGUGUUGUAGAAUAUGUGGAGGUAUGCGGUUGGUGUCUGGGACUACAUUGAGCACACACCAAGAGUGUGGAAUGUGGUAAGCGAUAAGUCGAUACGGUUUUCGAAGAAUACUCAGGUCGGUCAUAUGCAUGGACUCUCCCAGAUGACUGGUUACAAUAUGUUGCUAUUUGGAAAUACUGCAAAGGCGCGGGUCGAUUCGAAGAAUAUUCAAUUGUCUGUCAAUGGUGAGACCCAUAACACAAAAUCAAAACCCCGCCCAGUGUGACACGCUAUCGAGCAACAUGACUGCGUGCAUGCAUAAAGUUCAUAUUUUUUCCUCCGGCUCUUAUGUUAUGACAGACUGCUAAUCGAUGUAGAAAGGUGCCGACGAGAUGAACUACCUUAAUCAUGUGAUUCAUGCUAGAUUCAGGUCACAUAUUUGAUUAGCAUCAUUUUCACGUACAACAAUGCUAAUACAUAAGUUUAUCCAGUCCGUAUCAAGUAAGGAUUUUCUAGCAUCAUGCUUCAAAACCCAUGAAAAGUAUAUCAAUCAGCUUUGAACAUAUAAUAACAAUGAAAAAACGACAUUAUUUGCCAAAUAAAGUGUUGCAUUUUUGUAUCAAUCGCUUCCAAACAACCUCCCACCCAAACACACUAACCAUAACUAACUAACUAACUAACUAACCACAUCACAAUCACAAAAAUAUUAUAUUAGUUAGAAGGUCCUUUUCCCUUCUUUUCAUUUGAAGCAUGCAUCUUUAUGUAGUCCUUUUUCUUUUUGGUAAGAAGAAGUAGUCCUUUUCUUGUAAUCAUUAAUUUUCAAUAAAAAUUGAACUAUGGUACUUAAGUGAAUAAAUUAUCUUUUUUCCUAAUAAAAGGCAUUUGCAUAGAGGUUGAAUUGUUUUUUCUUAUGACUUAGAAUAGAGGGUAAAUAGAUCCCAAAGCAAUCCAGUGGCCUUGUAUGAAUCGAGACCAAAAUUUGCAAGGAGGAUGAACUAGAAAUAAAAAAAAGAAUUAUACAAAUUUUUAUGAUUAAAUUCGAGCCUUAGAGAGUUGUACUAAUAGCUCACAUCACAAUCACAAAAAUAUUAUAUUAGUUAGAAGGCGCCAAUACAUAAUUUAGGUACCAAAAUGAUAAAAAGACUUACAAUUUAAUUUCGUCACGAAUAUUUGACCUAAUAUAAAGUUUAUGCACCAUGAUGACCAAACCAAGAAAGUUUAAGCAUCGAAUUGUUCUUCUUGCCUUUUUCCCGAAACUAAAUUGACAAGCAACUGCAAUUCAAACCUGCAACCGCCAUUCAACUCGAUUCUAAAUUCAUAACCCGCGAGAUUUCCAUCCGACUCAAACACGAUCAUGACUGCGAACUACUCACCGAUUUCCUUCUCCGGGUUCCCCGAAUUCGACCUCGCCAAUCCCCAAUUCGCCCGCCAUGUUCAAGGACAAGCUUACCGAUGACCUCUCGGAUCGGAAACCUAACCUCGGGACGUUGUUCGCGCGAGAUCUGACGGAGAAAUCGGUCGCCGGAGGGGGAGAAUCGGGAAGCUCGCCCAACGGCGUCGUCGUGCAUCGGCCGGGAGAGGAGCUGGAACUCAUCGAGCCAAAUGGGUCUUUAGAUUUGGGGGAGAAGGGAAGUUGCGGCGGUUAUGAUUCUGCCGAGAGGAUUGCCGCGGCGGAGAAAUGGUCCGAUCUUGAGCACGAGCUUUCCCAGGAGGAGAUAAAUUUGGAGAAAUUGAGGAGGUUUGCUUUCACAGGGCUUCCUAAUGGAGGUGGAAUUAGGGCUACAGCUUGGAAGCUACUCUUGGAUUACUUGCCUCGGUCUCAAGACUUGUGGGACAAAGAGCUUUCGGGGAACAGAGAGAAGUAUGCCAAGUUAAAAGAGGAGUUGCUUCUGACUCCUUCGGAGCUUUGGAGAGAGAAAGACGAGACUCUGAAUGAUGAAGCUGAUGUCGCUGGACAGCUUCAGCGGCAUAGAAUUGAAGAUCACCCACUUAAUGAUGUCAAGGCUAGUGUUUGGCAUCAAUACUUCCAGAAGCAUGGAGAGAUUGCUGAACAGAUCGAUCGAGAUGUGGAUAGAACUCAUCCUGACUUGAACUUCUUCUCAGGAGAUUCAUCAUUCAGUAGGAAGAACAGGGGAGCAAUGAGGGACAUUCUUCUGCUGUUCGCAAAAGUGAACCCAGCUAUUGGUUAUGUGCAAGGCAUGAACGAGGUUUUGGCGCCCAUUUUCUAUGUUUUUAGUACCACCUAUGAUGAGCAAGAUCUGGCAAAUGUAGAAGCAGACAGUUUUUACUGCUUUGUAAGGUUGAUGAGUGAUUCAAUCGAUCACUUCUGUAAACACAUGGACAAUAGCCCUGUUGGCAUCCUCUCUACACUAUCCAGGUUAAUGGAGUUGUUGAAAGCUAACGACGAGGAGUUGUGGUGCCAUCUUGUAUACACAAGCAAGGUGAAUCCUCAGUUUUAUGCAUUCAGGUGGAUAACUCUGCUACUGACUCAAGAAUUCAAGUUCCAGUCCAUAUUGAGGAUUUGGGACUCUCUUCUGAGUAGUCCAUUUGGGAUCCAGGAUAUGCUGCUGAGGAUUUGUUGUGCAAUGUUAGUUAGCCUGAGGAGUAAGCUUCUGGGUGGGGAUUUUGCAGCCAACCUGAAGUUGUUGCAGCAUCUCCCUGAUGAGAUCGACAUAGAAUACCUCCUCCGAGUAGCUCGCGAUAUCGGUCCAGAUGGUUCAGCUCUGCAUUUUGAUAUGUAACCUGGAUGUUCUGUAUCCAAGGAAUUUCAGAUGAAGAAAGCAAGUGACACAAACACUAAGAACUGUAUGAAGACAGGGUCUGCACCAUUUAGCUUUUCACAUUUUGUUCUGCAGACAAGGUUGGAUAAAUUCUCCAAUAGGAGACAAUACACGUUUUUGGUGGAAUUUUCGUGUGAUCAAUGCAUCAUCACUUUUAAGAAAACUAGUAAACAAUGUUAUUCGAU